GGUGAUUCAAUGUUUUGAGUGAAAUGAAAAAUGGGCACCGAGUUGCAGCACUACUAUUUGGAGCUUUCGCCCGAUCCGGUUCGAUUCGACGGAACCGGGUUGCUGACGAAUGUGUUUUUCGACGAUGCCAAACAGCAGGUCAUAGCCGUACGUUCCGGCGGCGCAACCGGUGUCGUAGUGAAGGGUGCGAAGGAUGGGGAGAGUUUCGUGUUCUGUAUGGAUCUCCACACUUCCGACACUCCGGAUGCGCAGAUUCGGUCGAUUAAAUUCUCAAUCGACAACCAGGUGUUGGCGGUGCAGCGGAAUGAGACUUCGGUCGAAUUUAUCAGCUUCGGACCGAAUCAUCGACCGAACCCGCAAGAGAUGCUGGUGUUUAAGGGCAAAAACACUAUCUACGGAUUCGUCUGGGUACAGGAGAGGCACGUUGCGCUCUUCACAAACGUGGGCGUGGAAAUAUUGGCGGUGAACUACGAGAAGCGGUCGCUGAAGUCCGUCAAAUCGCUCAACAUAACCGUGAACUGGUUCAGCUACUGUCCGACUUCCAAAUUCGCUCUGCUUUCGUCCAACAUGGGCACCAUUCUAACGCCCAUUAUUCUGAAACCGGCCACCAUCACCAAACUUCCGCGACUGGAGCUGGGUAUCGAUCAGGGAUGCAUGGGUAAGGACGUAACGUUGGCACAGAUGUACGGCACCAAUGCGAUCCUGAUACUGCGCCAACCGUCAAACCGUCCGUUCGAAGUUGUUAUCUACCUGCUGAACGGCCCAGGCUUGGCUCCAAAAAAAUCGCACAUCCUAAAGUUGGGCCAAAGUGGACGCUUUGCGAUGAACCUUGUGGACGACGUGGUAAUCGUGCACCACCAGGCCACGGCCAGUUCGAUGCUGUUCGACACGGCUCUAAGUAGCAGUGAAACGGAGCACGGUUCCGGGGCCAUCAUUCACUCGCCCAUAAUACCGGCGAAACCGAUACGACCGUUUCAGCUGGAAGUGCCGAGCAUAUCGCUUGAUGGGAAAACGAUCAAUUGUGAAUUGUAUACAAAAGAUUGGGUACUGUUUCAGCCGAACAUCGUAAUCGAUUCAAAGCUCGGCUGCUUGUGGUUCGUUCAACUGAAACUAAAUGCCCUGUGCGCCCUAAUUACCGAUCGGUUGCGGUUGGUAGAGUUUUUGCUGCAACGCACAGACGGUAAAGCGGUGAUCUUGUCCGUGCUGAAAGAAACAAUGAGCAGCGGCUACAGUGGGACGAUGCUGCCCGUGAUCGAGAGUAUCUUCAACAAACUAAACGCACUGUACAAAAGCGUGCUGGACAGCGAACUUCAAAACCAAAUGGCCCUGAUUUCGAUCGCCAAAUCACCCGUAAAGGCACCGGUAACGCCCCGGGUGCUGAUUGACCAGAAUGACCUGUACACCGCGGUGUUUUCCACCAUCAAUGACACACCGCAGAUGGGCAAGGUUCUUCUGCUUUAUCUGAACUCGUUGGCGCGCCAUGGAAUCAGCGCCAAUCACGAGCUGAGCAAGGCGCUUCUGAUCGAUUUGGUCGAACACCAGCAGUUCGAUACGCUACAGUUGCUGCUGCAGCAUUCCGCACUGAACGAAUCGAAAGCUUUGGCCUGCUUUUUGCUUUCCCUGUCGAACGCUGCGUACCCCAUCGUUUCGCAGAUGGCUCUCGAUAUGCUGGCCCGGCUCAAUGCGAACGAGAUUAUACUGGAGGUGCUGCUGGAACGGGGUCAGAUCAUUGAUGCUUUGCGAUUGGCGAAGCAAAUGCCGGGCGCCGAUUCCUUGCCCGCCCGAAAGUAUCUGGAGGCGGCCUGCCGCACCAACGAUCCGUUGGUAUUCCACUCGGUGUACAAUUUUUUCCAAAUGAAAAACGUUCGACUCCGAGGAUCACCGGACUUUUUGAAGCAUGAACAGUGUGGCGAAUACGUGCAAUACUAUCAAACUUUAAUUGCUAAUCAUUGUUUAUAAUGCUUCAAUCAUUGCUCAUAGUUACUCAAAUGACAAGCAAAAUAAAAAGAUAUCCAUGUUCUGAUCUAAA